UAUCUUAUCUUGCCUCUCUCUCUUUUGUUCACAAUCGAUUCUUGUGUUUCACAUAUAUGUUGCAAACCACCUCUCGAUCCUGUUCUUCAUGUCAUCUUGGAAGUUGCUCCUGAAACAAAGCAGGGCUCACAUGAUGUUUUUAUAUAUUUGUCAUACAUGUUUAGAACUUCAAGGGAAUCCGCAUACAGUGAUUUUAUUUCUACUUUUGAUGCUGGAGACGUCAAUAAUGAUCUGGUGCAAAUCGAAUAUGUCGAAGACAUCUACAAACUCUACAAACUUGUGGAGAGAGGCCCGAAUCAUCGCGAUCGCGAAACAAGAAGCCUCAGUCUUCACUUACUUCUACACUCAACUGAACUAUAAACCGAAAAACAUUGUUGAUAUUGAUGCCGGAGACGUUGAUAAUGAACUGGCGCAAGGCGAAUAUGUCGAAGUCAUCUACAAAUUCUACAAACUUGUAGAGGUUGAAAAUAAUCAGUACUCGAUGAAGAUAUUCUUUGAAAUUAGGAAACAAAAGUACCUGGAAGCCCUUGAUAGGAAUGACCGAGCAAAAGCUGUUGAAAUUCUUUGUAAGGAUUUGAAGGUUUUUUCCACCUUUAAUGAAGAGCUCUUCAAGGAAAUCACCCAGCUACUAACACUUGACAAUUUUAGGCAGAAUGAGCAACUUUCAAACUACGGGGAUACAAAAUCAGCUCAAAGCAUUAUGUUAGUUGAGCUGAAAAAACUUAUAGAAGCAAAUCCAUUGUUUAGAGGGAAGCUUGCUUUUCCAGUUUUUAAAGCUCGCGACAGAGGACAUUGAUAAAUUAGAGGCAGAAUGAGCAACUUUCAAACUACGAGGAUACAAAAUCAGCUCAAAGCAUAAUGUUAGUUGAGCUGAAAAAACUUAUAGAAGCAAAUCCAUUGUUUAGAGGGAAGCUUGCUUUUCUAGUUUUUAAAGCUCGCGACAGAGGACAUUGAUAAAUUAGAGUCUCAAUUGGCAUCAUCAGCUUUGCAAGAAUCCACGUCCCAAUCCUGAUAUUAAAACUCUGUUUAUCGAUCAUACUUGUAAUUCUAACAAUGGGGGUUGGGGUCCUCCCCCUACCAACAGUUCCCUUGCCGGACCUAUUCCUAAAGCUGGUGUAUUUCCUUCUAUUGGAGCACAUGGUGUAAGUGUAGUUAAAAUGUUCCAAUCUCCUGUCUUCAUUUAAAUAUUAUUAUACACAGUUUAAAUAUUAUUUCAA